AUGUCUCCCCAUGCCGUCAACGACCCAGUGAUUGACGUGGUUAUUGUGGGUGCCGGUAUCGCUGGUCUCGCGGCGGCACUCGCGAUCCACGACGCUGGACACCGCGUCACCAUCGUUGAAGGCGCGUCUGUCCUUCGUGAAAUUGGCGCCGGAGUCUUGAUAUCCAGCAAUGCGACUCGCGAACUCAUCCGCUGGGGCAUCGAAGACGACUUGACAGAUGUCGUUGUCCAGAGCAGGAUCUCAAGGGUACUGAGAUGGGAUGAUGGAAAGGUGCUCAGUGAGGUCAAAAUGGAUCCCAAUGUGGCGCUCAAGAAGUACCACGCGCCUGUGUGGAUGCUUCAUCGCGCUGACCUUCACACGGCAAUGCUGAAGAAGGUGCAGAGCUUGGGGAUUGAGAUCAGGCUAGGGUCGAGAGUGGUCGAUGCCGACGUGGUCAAGCCGAGCGUGACUCUCGCGUCUGGAGAAGUGUUGGACUGCGACUUUAUUGUUGGAGCAGAUGGUGUCAAGAGCAAGAUGCGGGACAUCAUCUCGCAGAAGUCCGUUCCUGCAUUGCCCACUGGAGACUAUGCCUUUCAAUUUGCUCUGGAAAUUGAACAGUACAAGGACGAUCCAGUGAUUGCGCCGUUGGUGGAAGGCCAUGCAGCAACUGCCUGGUGGGGACCAGGCAGGCAUGUCAUCGGGACGCUGCUUCGUGGCGAGAAGCUCUUCAAUUGUGUUGCAGUCUUCCCCGACGAUGGCUCUCUCGGUGACGAGCACAAGCAACUCGGAGCAGAUGUCGAUGAAUUGCGACGGAACUUCAGCGACUGGUGUCCUGCUGUCCGCACCAUCCUCUUCCACGCAGAUCCCAGCUCCAUCGUGAAAUGGAAGCUUCAAGAUCUCGAUCCGCUAGAGUCCUGGCACCGUGGGCACGCCGUUCUUGUCGGCGACGCGUGCCAUCCCAUGUUACCGUACCUGGCUCAAGGGUCUGCUCAGGCGAUCGAGGACGGUGCUGUCCUUGCUCAAUGCCUCGCCCACCUGCCUCUUGACCGGGUUGGCCCCGCGUUCCAGGACUUACGGUUUUCACGCGCCACACAGAUCCAGCGGAAUGCACGCAAGCAAAAAACCGAGAACCACUACCCGGAUGGGCCGGAGCAGCGGGCGCGGGACGAGAGGCUCAAGGACCCGGCGCAGGUCAGGGCGUGGCAGUGGGAGCCGGUGGCAGGCAAGCCGGCGAAAAGCUGGAAUGACGGCCUGUUUGGGUAUGAUUCAAAGACGGAAUGUGAGGAGUAUCUCAGGGAGCAUGAUGUCGGUCGAAGACUGGAGCAACAGGCGAUAUAG